GGAGGAGCUGGAGGGGGCGCGGCUUCCUUCCCGUCGCUCCCGGGCGCCGGGCCUCCUUCUCCGCCUGGCCCAGGGCUGGCGGCCGGCGGGGGUCGCGGCGGCGGCGGCGGCGGCGGGGGCGCUGGCGGGCCUCGGGUGGCGGGGGCCUGGCCGCGGCUCUGGGUGUUAGGAGACAAGAUGGCGGCGGCGCUCAGGAGGCCGGUCUCCUCCUCUCCGCCGUCCUCCGCCCAGCCGCUCGCCGCCUCCUCCUCCCGGGUCUCCUCCUCCUCUUUCGCUGCCUCCUCCUCCUCCUGCAGCAGCACCAGCGACCGCCGAGGCGCCGCCUGGCCCUCCCGGAGCUCCGGAGGGGGAUAGACGGGGCAGCUGCAGGCUCCGGCGACCGAGGCCGAGCUGGGGCCGGGGCGGGGACGGCGGCGGCGGCGGCGGCGGCGGCGGCGGCGCCGGGUGGGGAUGGGGUCGCAGACGCUGCAGAUCCUCCGGCAGGGGGUGUGGGCCGCGCUCAGCGGGGGCUGGUACUACGACCCGCACCAGGCCACCUUCGUGAACGCGCUGCACCUCUACCUGUGGCUGUUUCUGCUGGGCCUGCCCUUCACCCUCUACAUGGCCCUUCCUUCUUCCAUGAUUAUAGUAGCAGUUUAUUGUCCUGUGAUAGCUGCUGUUUUCGUUGUUCUGAAGAUGGUCAACUAUCGACUACACAGAGCACUUGAUGCUGGAGAAAUUGUAGAUAGGACUGCGAAUGACUUCACGGAUCAGCGAGCCAAAGCUGAACAAGGCAACUGUUCAACCAGGAGAAAAGACAGCAAUGGACCGAGUGAUCCUGGUGGAGGGAUUGAGAUGUCUGAGUUCAUCCGAGAGGCCACACCCCCAGUUGGUUGCAGUUCCAGAAACUCUUAUGCCGGUCUAGAUCCAAGCAACCAGAUCGGAUCUGGUUCCUCUCGUCUUGGAACAGCAGCAACUAUUAAAGGAGAUACUGACACUGCUAAGACUUCUGAUGAUAUAAGUUUAAGUCUGGGCCAGAGUUCUAGUCUUUGUAAGGAAGAAAGUGAAGAACAAGAAUUGGCGACUGAUCGGAAGCUCUUUCGUCUUGUUUCCAAUGACUCCUUCAUCUCCAUUCAGCCUUCCUUAUCCUCUUGUGGACAGGACUUACCAAGAGACGUCAGUGACAAAGUGAGCCUGCCAAGUCAUAGCCACCACCACCAUGUUGAUCAGUCUCUGUCCAGUGCCUGUGACACAGAAGUAGCUUCUCUUGUACCUUUACACUCACACUCUUACAGAAAAGACCACCGGCCGCGAGGCGUACCACGGACUUCUAGCUCUGCUGUGGCUUUUCCAGACACGUCACUGAAUGAUUUUCCCCUUUAUCAGCAAAGACGGGGGUUAGAUCCAGUUAGUGAGUUAGAAUCUUCCAAGCUUCUUUCUGGAUCCAAAGAAUCCUUGGUGGAAAAUUCUGGUUUAUCUGGGGAAGUUCAGCUUGCUGGUGACUUGAAAAUCAAUGCUUCUCAGCCACCCACAAAAAGUGGGAAGAGCAAACCUUUGAAAGCAGACAAAAGCAUGGACAGCUUGAGGAGCCUGAGCACACGGAGUAGUGGGUCAACAGAGAGCUACUGCAGUGGAACAGACCGGGACACUAACAGUACUGUCAGCAGCUAUAAAAGUGAGCAUACCAGCUCAACUCACAUAGAGAGCAUUUUGUCAGAGCAUGAGCAAUCUCCUAAAGCAGGAACAAAAAGUGGGAGGAAAAAAGAGUGCUGUGCAGGCCUAGAGGAAAAGAGUAGCUGUGCUGGUGUCAAAAGGACUAACAGUGAAAAGAUUGCCAUGGAAGCGAGUACCAACAGUGGGCUUCACGAAGCCAAGGACUCUACCCCCUCUGAUGAGAUGCACAACCAGAGAGAUCUCACCACCUCUGCAUCUGAAGAAGCCAAUAAAAAUCCCCAUGCAAAUGAAUUUACUUCCCAAGGGGACAGACCACCUGGGAACACUGCAGAAAACAAAGAAGAGCAGAGUGAUAAGUCAGCUGUUUCUGUGGAUUCCAAAGUGUGUAAAGAUGUUGGUGGAAAGCAAAAGGAAGGAGAUGUUCGACCAAAAUCUUCUAGCGUAAUCCAUCGGACAGCUUCUGCCCACAAGUCGGGCAGGAGACGGACAGGAAAAAAACGGGCUAGCAGUUUUGAUUCAAGUCGACAUAGGGACUAUGUUUGCUUUCGAGGUGUUUCUGGUACCAAGCCACACAGUGCUAUAUUUUGUCAUGACGAGGACUCUAGUGAUCAAAGUGACUUGAGUAGAGCAUCAAGUAUUCAGUCUGCUCACCAGUUCAGCAGUGAUAGCUCGUCUAGCACCACUUCUCAUUCCUGUCAGUCUCCUGAAGGUAGAUACAGUGCUCUAAAGACCAAACACACUCAUAAAGAAAGGGGCACAGACUCUGAACACACACACAAAGCUCAUUUGGGUCCUGAAGGAACCGGCAAAAAGCGUGCAACACGACGGACUUCUAGCACAAAUAGUGCCAAGACUCGCGCCCGAGUGUUGAGCCUGGACAGUGGCACAGUAGCAUGUUUGAAUGACUCGAACAGGUUAAUGGCACCUGAAAGCAUAAAGCCCUUAACCACUUCAAAGUCAGAUCUUGAGGCCAAAGAGGGCGAGGUGCUAGAUGAGCUAUCUUUAUUAGGACGGGCUUCCCAGUUAGAGACAGUCACUCGAUCUAGGAGUAGCUUGCCAAACCAGGUUGCAUUUCCUGAAGGGGAAGAGCAAGAUGCAGUCAGUGGAGCAGCACAAGCCAGCGAGGAGGCAGUGUCAUUUCGUCGUGAACGCAGCACAUUUAGGCGCCAGGCAGUACGGCGCCGGCACAAUGCAGGGAGUAACCCUACCCCUCCUACAUUGCUCAUCGGAUCACCCCUAAGCCUUCAAGAUGGUCAGCAAGGCCAGCAGUCCACAGCCCAGGUCAAAGUCCAGUCCCGCCCCCCUUCCCAGGCUGCAGUGCUCAGUGCUAGUGCCUCCUUGCUGGUGAGAAAUGGGAGUGUCCACUUAGAAGCAUCACAUGACAAUGCGUCUGCUGUAGGCGGUAGCAGUUUGCAGGAUGAACUUGGUAAGUUCUCUUCUACGCUGUAUGAGACUGGUGGCUGUGAUAUGUCACUUGUGAAUUUUGAACCGGCAGCAAGAAGAGCAUCUAAUAUCUGUGACACAGAUUCUCAUGUAUCCAGUUCUACCUCAGUUCGAUUUUAUCCACAUGAUGUGCUCUCUCUCCCACAGAUUCGAUUGAAUAGACUAUUGACCAUUGAUACAGAUUUGUUGGAGCAACAGGACAUUGAUCUAAGCCCUGACUUGGCAGCUACUUAUGGCCCAACAGAAGAAGCUGCCCAAAAGGUUAAACACUAUUACCGUUUUUGGAUCCUACCCCAGCUGUGGAUUGGCAUUAACUUUGACAGACUCACACUUUUGGCCCUGUUUGAUAGAAAUCGUGAGAUCCUGGAAAAUGUGUUAGCUGUCAUCCUGGCUAUUCUCGUGGCUUUUUUGGGAUCUAUUCUUCUCAUACAAGGCUUCUUCAGAGAUAUCUGGGUUUUCCAGUUCUGCCUGGUCAUAGCCAGUUGUCAAUACUCACUACUUAAGAGUGUUCAACCAGAUUCUUCUUCUCCCAGACAUGGUCAUAAUCGUAUCAUUGCCUACAGUAGACCAGUUUAUUUCUGCUUAUGUUGUGGUCUUAUUUGGCUCUUGGAUUAUGGUAGCAGAAACCUGACUGCAACCAAGUUCAAAUUAUAUGGAAUAACUUUCACCAAUCCACUGGUGUUUAUAUCAGCCAGGGAUUUAGUUAUAGUGUUUACACUCUGUUUCCCAAUAGUGUUUUUCAUUGGUCUCCUGCCUCAGGUGAAUACAUUUGUAAUGUACCUUUGUGAACAAUUGGAUAUUCAUAUCUUUGGUGGUAAUGCCACUACAAGCCUGCUUGCAGCACUUUACAGUUUUAUCUGUAGCAUUGUGGCAGUAGCCUUAUUGUAUGGAUUAUGUUAUGGAGCUUUAAAGGAUUCUUGGGAUGGCCAGCAUAUUCCAGUACUAUUUUCCAUUUUUUGUGGUUUGUUAGUAGCAGUGUCUUAUCAUCUCAGCCGACAAAGCAGUGAUCCAUCUGUACUUUUCUCUUUAGUGCAAUCCAGGAUUUUUCCAAAAAUGGAAGAGAAAAAUCCAGAAGACCCUCUAGCUGAAGUAAAAGAUCCACUUCCGGAAAAACUUAGAAAUUCUGUUAGUGAACGAUUGCAGUCUGACCUAGUAGUGUGCAUUGUUAUUGGUGUGCUGUAUUUUGCUAUUCAUGUAAGCACAGUCUUCACAGUAUUGCAGCCUGCUCUCAAGUAUGUGUUGUAUACAUUGGUUGGCUUCGUGGGUUUUGUAACACAUUAUGUGCUGCCUCAAGUUAGAAAACAGCUACCAUGGCACUGUUUCUCUCAUCCUCUGCUAAAGACAGUAGAGUAUAAUCAAUAUGAAGUUCGAAAUGCGGCCACUAUGAUGUGGUUUGAGAAACUUCAUGUGUGGCUUCUUUUCGUGGAGAAGAAUAUAAUCUAUCCAUUGAUUGUUCUCAAUGAACUUAGCAGCAGUGCAGAGGCAAUUGCUAGUCCAAAGAAACUAGAUACAGAAUUAGGUGCUUUAAUGAUCACCAUUGCUGGUUUGAAGUUGCUACGAUCCUCUUUUAGCAGCCCUACAUAUCAGUAUGUCACAGUCAUCUUUACUGUGCUCUUUUUCAAAUUUGACUAUGCAGCUUUUUCAGAGACCAUGCUGUUGGAUCUCUUCUUUAUGUCCAUACUCUUCAACAAGCUUUGGGAACUCCUUUAUAAAUUGCAGUUCGUGUAUACCUAUAUUGCCCCAUGGCAGAUCACAUGGGGUUCUGCUUUCCAUGCUUUUGCUCAGCCUUUUGCAGUGCCCCACUCAGCCAUGCUGUUCAUUCAGGCUGCUGUCUCGGCCUUCUUCUCUACUCCACUGAAUCCCUUUCUGGGAAGUGCAAUAUUCAUCACUUCAUAUGUCCGACCUGUGAAAUUCUGGGAGAGAGACUAUAACACAAAACGAGUGGAUCAUUCAAAUACCAGAUUGGCUUCUCAGCUUGAUAGAAAUCCAGGAUCAGAUGACAACAAUCUGAAUUCCAUCUUUUAUGAACAUUUAACUAGAUCCCUACAACAUAGCCUCUGUGGUGAUUUGCUACUAGGACGGUGGGGAAACUACGGUACAGGGGACUGUUUCAUCCUUGCCUCUGACUAUCUCAAUGCAUUAGUACACCUUAUAGAGAUAGGCAAUGGUCUGGUCACUUUCCAGCUGCGGGGACUUGAAUUCAGAGGUACCUACUGUCAACAACGGGAAGUGGAGGCCAUUACCGAAGGUGUAGAGGAAGAUGAAGGAUUUUGCUGUUGUGAACCUGGCCAUAUUCCUCACAUGCUUUCAUUUAAUGCUGCAUUUAGCCAGCGAUGGCUAGCUUGGGAAGUGAUAGUCACAAAGUAUAUUCUAGAGGGUUAUAGCAUCACUGAUAAUAGCGCGGCUUCUAUGCUUCAAGUCUUUGAUCUUCGGAAAGUACUCACCACUUACUAUGUCAAGGGUAUCAUUUAUUAUGUUACGACCUCUUCUAAGCUAGAGGAGUGGCUAGCUAAUGAGACAAUGCAAGAAGGACUUCGUCUGUGUGCAGAUCGUAAUUAUGUCGAUGUGGACCCGACCUUUAAUCCAAACAUUGAUGAAGACUAUGACCACCGACUGGCAGGCAUAUCUAGGGAGAGUUUUUGUGUGAUUUACCUCAGCUGGAUAGAGUACUGCUCUUCCCGAAGAGCAAAGCCACUGGAUGUGGACAAAGAUUCUUCCCUGGUGACUCUCUGUUAUGGACUCUGUGUACUUGGACGGAGAGCUCUGGGGACUGCAUCCCAUCAUAUGUCCAGUAAUUUAGAGUCAUUCCUCUAUGGAUUGCAUGCCCUAUUUAAAGGAGAUUUCCGUAUUUCUUCAAUUCGAGAUGAAUGGAUCUUUGCUGACAUGGAAUUGCUAAGGAAAGUAGUAGUCCCUGGGAUCCGUAUGUCCAUUAAACUUCAUCAGGAUCAUUUUACUUCUCCAGAUGAAUAUGAUGACCCUACUGUGCUCUAUGAAGCCAUUGUGUCUCAUGAGAAAAACCUCGUAAUAGCCCACGAAGGGGACCCUGCAUGGCGGAGCGCAGUACUUGCCAACUCUCCCUCCUUGCUUGCUCUGCGGCAUGUCAUGGAUGAUGGCACCAAUGAAUAUAAAAUCAUCAUGCUCAACAGACGCUACCUGAGCUUCAGAGUCAUUAAAGUGAAUAAGGAAUGUGUCCGAGGUCUUUGGGCGGGUCAACAGCAGGAGCUUGUUUUUCUACGUAACCGUAACCCAGAGAGAGGUAGCAUCCAAAAUGCAAAGCAAGCCCUGAGAAACAUGAUAAACUCAUCUUGUGAUCAACCUAUUGGCUACCCAAUCUUUGUCUCACCCCUGACAACUUCUUACUCUGACAGCCACGAACAGCUUAAAGACAUUCUUGGGGGUCCUAUCAGCUUGGGAAAUAUCAGGAACUUCAUAGUGUCAACGUGGCACAGGCUUAGGAAAGGUUGCGGAGCUGGAUGUAACAGUGGUGGCAAUAUUGAAGAUUCUGAUACUGGAGGUGGGACUUCCUGCACUGGUAACAACGCAACAACUGCCAACGAUCCCCACAGCAACGUAUCCCAGGGAAGCACUGGAAAUCCUGGGCAGGGAUCAGGGAUCGGGCUCCACCCACCUGUCACAUCUUAUCCUCCACCACUAGGCACUAGCCACAGCUCUCACUCUGUGCAGUCGGGCCUGGUCAGACAGUCCCCUGCCCGGGCCUCAGUAGCCAGCCAGUCUUCCUACUGCUACAGCAGCCGGCAUUCUUCCCUCCGGAUGUCCGCCACGGGGUUUGUGCCUUGUCGGCGCUCUUCUACCAGUCAGAUAUCGCUUCGAAACUUGCCAUCAUCCAUCCAGUCCCGUCUGUCGAUGGUGAACCAAAUGGAACCCUCCAGUCAGAGUGGCCUGGCCUGUGUGCAGCACGGCCUCCCUUCCUCCAGCAGCUCCAGCCAAAGCAUCCCAGCCUGCAAACAUCACACUCUCGUGGGCUUUCUUGCGACAGAGGGAGGUCAGGGCAGUGCCACUGAUACACAACCAGGCAAUACCUUAAGUCCUGCCAAUAAUUCACAUGCCAGAAAGGGAGAAGUGAUUUACAGAGUCCAAAUUGUGGAUCCCGGUCAAAUUCUGGAAGGGAUCAACCUGUCUAAAAGGAAAGAGCUACAGUGGCCUGAUGAGGGAAUUCGGUUAAAAGCUGGGAGAAAUAGCUGGAAAGACUGGAGUCCACAGGAGGGCAUGGAAGGCCAUGUGAUUCACCGAUGGGUGCCUUGCAGCAGAGAUCCAGGUACUAGAUCCCACAUCGACAAGGCAGUGCUUCUGGUCCAAAUUGAUGAUAAAUAUGUGACUGUAAUUGAAACUGGGGUACUAGAACUUGGGGCUGAAGUGUGAGCCAAUGUUUUAUAAAGACGUUUCUUUUUCCCUCUCAAUUCCAAGACGCUGGAAAAAGAGAGGAGCAAGCAGAAGAUGCCUGCAGGUAUCACAUCAAUCCUGUAUGGGAGAGACUGAAAGCAGAAUGAGCUUGGUUAAGCACCUCUCCUUUGCCCUUCACUCUGACUCCUGUCACUGUCUCCAUCCCCAAAUAAAGCCGAAGUAUUUUUUUAAGUUAGCUGCCAAGAAAACAUUUUGCAUGAAAGAUGAAGUUCUGUUAAAAUACAUCCUUAAAAAAGUCUUUCCUAUGCAUUGCCUAUGCUUUAAAUCAACAAACUCUUCAUUUCUAAACUAUGAUCUCAUAUUUUUCUAAUUUCUUUGCCAAAAAUAUUUGCCAUGUUUUGUCAUAGAACAUGAAAUUCAUUUACCUUGAUUUUUAAAAACAGACCAGUGUAGAAAUGUUCUGUUUGACUUAUAGCAGUAUAAAAGUUUAAUGUACAGUGAAAGAGACUAUGAACAGACAUAGAUUUAUCUUAUUCCUUGAGCGCUAAAAACUUUAAUGAAAAAAAAACUGCACUAAUUUUUUACAGCAAUGCACUAAAGUCUGAGAUUUCUCAGAACAUUUAUUUAUAUAUAAAAAUAAAGUACCAUUAUUUAAAUUGCCUUUGGGAUUAACCCCUUCCCUUAUAAACAUAGGUAGCAGGAACUGUGCUGCUAAUUUUUCUGUUAGUAGUCUGUACUUCAUGCCAGGACAUUGGAUGUUUUCUUUAAAAUGAAUAUGUAAUCUCAUAGCUUCAUCAUUGACAUUUCCCAGAGCCAAUAGUCAGCGGACCAGUCAUGUGAACACCACUGCCAGCUCCUGUGUCCACAUCUCAGAGGAGCCUAUGCUCUCUGCUUCUCUCCAGCAGGGCAAGCUCUGCUGGGCUCGCUUCUGGGAAGAAAAUGCUUUUCUUUAAGAAGAAGGUAAAUGUCCAGGAAUUUAAAGAAAGGAUCAAUUGCCUUUUAUUUAUUUUAUGAGUUUAUAGCUCUUGAAGUUAUUCACAAGCAGUUUAGUUAAUCAAGUAAAAUUUUUUCAAAUAAAAAUAUCCAAAUGGUGCAGUUAUUAUUAUAUGCCUCUUUAAUAAUUUUGCUUUUUAUUUUUCCCCUCUUCUUUUUCUAUUACUUGAAUUUUAUUUCCUGUAAUUUAUAGUGUGUAGCUGUAAAUUGAAAUAUUUAUAACUGUGAAAUUGACUUAAUUCAUAUGUUGUCUCAUAACUUAAAUUUUAUUGGUUUUUUUUAAAGAAAUGUAUAUUCAGGGAAAUAUAUUACUCAUAUUUACAAUUGGGCGAUAUGGGAAUUUCAAUUUAGAUUUAAUUUGCAACUUUUAGCAUUUUUUAAAUUCUUAAGAAAAUUUUCCCUUUUGUUGUGAAACUCCAAAGAAAAUUGUACAUCUCCUCUGAGCAUUUAGGAGCAGCCAUCUUUGUACCCCUUGUGAAUAGAACAUUGAAAGAAACAGGUAAAAGUGAUUUUAAUAAUGCAUUUUGUUUAAUCCAGUACAUUCGAAGUAUUACUAUUUCAUCAUGUGUCACUAGCCAUAUUUCAAGUACUCAAUAGCUACAUUUACCUAGUGGCUACUGUAUUAGACAGUACAGAUUUAAAGUAUCUUUUACUGAGGUGACAGAAGAGAAAAGCUGUUUUUCCUGCUAAUUCUGAUGUAGAUCUCACAUUAUAGCAUAACAUUACAGUAGAAGGAAUGAAAACUAAGCAAGUAAAUGUGAACAUAACAAUCUUACUGCAUUUCCACUUUGAAACCUAUUUAUUUUUCCUUUUUCUAAUUUUAAACUACUGUGGUCAUUCAGAACCUAAUGUGCCUUGUGUUGACAUUUCCAUAGACUUCACACUUUACAAAAUUUACUGUUUAAAAAUACGUGUCAAAUGAUUUACUGAACCUUUAUACAAAGGUACCCUUUCUAAAUUGACCAUUUAAAAAAUGUCUUUUUCUGAUACUGUCAUUGAAUUCUGCAUUUGCCUCAUUUUGGCAGAUCUACAGUAUGCCAUUAAAGUUUAGUGUUUUUGGUUUUAGAGGGUUUUUUUCUGAAACUGAAUUUAUAAUCAAUUUCUCUAUGUACAUAUAUUUUUAAAAUCUUCUCAAAGUAACUAACUAUGUUCCCUUCUGCUUGUUCCCUUUCUGAAGUGAAUAUGAUCUUUUCAUGGUCAUUGCCUAGAGAAGAGAUAAGUAGAGCCUUUUCAGUCUUAGACAGAAGGUAAUUCAUUUUCCUACACAAAAAAAAAAAUCUGACCUUCACAUGAUUUAAUCAGAAGGGCUGGAAUUUUUUCAUUUCUAUCCCCUGCUCCAAAAAAAUUUUUAACGCAUCAUGUACUCUGAAAAGUCAUAUUUCAAAUGCAAGACUAGAUUUUAUAUGGAACAUAUAUGUUGGGUUUUGAUUUUGGGUAGCAAUUGAUAUAUAUUUUUCUCAAAACAAGUUGAAUUUUGUUAAUAUAUAAUUCUUUAGUGAGUUUAUAAAUCAGGAACCCUGAGAGAAGCCCUGUUGUUUUUCUUAAGAGUCUAAAACUGACAAUCUUUUAAAAAUCAUAAUACUUUUCUAGUAAUUGCAUCAGGGGAAAUGGUGAUAAUUGAAGAAAUAUUCAUUUCUUAAGAAUAAUUUGAUCUAAAUUAUAUGGAAAUAUAAUACUUGCAUUAACU